AUGAUUGGGAGCGCCAAGCCACUGGUGGCGCCGCUGCAGCCGCCGUCCCCCACCGGUCGCUGCCUCGCCCCCUCGUCCUGCGCCCCUGACUCUCCCCCAGCUCUCACCCGCGCCGUCGAGAGCCCAGGCCAGUCUCAGUCGCAGUCUCAGUCUGACGGCGCCCCGCCACCGCGCCCGGUUGACGCCGCUGCCUUGUCCCACGUGCUGCGCGCGAGCCCGCAGCUCAGCCGGUGGUCCCGGUCGCGGGCGCUGCGGUCGGGCCGCCGGCCGGGGUCGGACCGCGCGAAGCUCUCCUCGGCCUCGGCCUCGGUGCUGCCGGUGAACAAGUCGCCGCGGCCCGAGGACGCUGCAGUGGCGGUGGAGGAUGGCGAGGACGACGACGUGUGCGUGGCCGAGAGGGACGCCGCGGCCGGGAAGGCUAUCUACAUCGUGUCGGACGGGACCGGGUGGACCGCGGAGCACGCGGUGAACGCCGCGCUCGGACAGUUCGAGCACUGCUUCGUUGACCGCGGCUGCGCUGUUAACACCCACCUCAUCUCCAUGGUCAACAGCAUGGAUCGACUUCUUGAGGUAAUAAAGCAAGCAGCAAAGGAAGGGGCACUAGUUCUAUAUACCCUUGCUGAUCCUUCAAUGGCUGAGUCAGCUAAGAAGGCCUGCGAUUUCUGGGGUGUUCCAUUCACUGAUGUUCUUCAGCCUACUGUUGAAGCCAUUGCUUCUCAUAUUGGUGUUGCUCCAUCUGGAAUUCCACGAAGCUCUCCUAGUCGACAGGGUCAGCUAACAGAGGACUACUUUCGACGGAUUGAUGCUAUCGAUUUUACCAUCAAACAAGAUGACGGGGCUCAGCCACAGAACCUCAACCGUGCAGACAUUGUACUUGCUGGCGUUUCACGUACAGGGAAGACACCGUUGUCAAUAUAUCUAGCUCAAAAGGGAUACAAGGUAGCAAAUGUCCCAAUUGUGAUGGGAGUGAAUCUUCCAAAGACCCUUUUUGAGAUCAGCCAAGACAAGAUUUUUGGAUUGACAAUAAAUCCAGUGGUUCAUCAAGCAAUUAGAAAGACUAGGGCCAAAGCUCUAGGUUUUGGUGAUGGGUAUCAGAGCAAUUAUGCCGAAAUGGAACAUGUGAGGCAGGAACUGGUCCAUGCAAAUCAAAUUUUUGCUCAAAACCCAAUGUGGCCAGUCAUUGGGGUCACUGGAAAAGCUAUAGAGGAAACAGCUGCUGUCAUUGUGAGGAUUUACCAUGACAGGAAACAGAAGUGCUCCAUGCCACGCAUAUCAAAACGGUACUAG